GAUUGAAUAUCACUCAUUCCCGCUUGACCUAUAAUAUGCUUCUGAAUACUCUCUGUCGAGAUGGUCUCUACGAUUCAAUAAAAAUGGUGUAUGACUGUAUGAAGUUGGAUGGGCACUUGCCUGAUAGUUGGCUGUUGGGAUCUUUGGUGUCCUCUUACGCACUAGCAGACAGGUUUAAUGUUUCGAAGGAAUUGCUUGAUGAUUUUAAGUCCAGUAAGUUUGAAAUAAGUGCUGUUGUUUAUAAUGAUUUGUUCAACGUCUUAGUAAAACAGAAAAAAGUAGACGAUGCCAUUGCCUUAUUUAGGGAACAUAUGGGAUCACAUUUUCGCCCAGAAACUUGCACCUUCAAUAUUCUAAUGCAAGGUCUUUGCAGAGCAGGAGAAACUGAUGAAGCCAUAAAGUUGCUCAAUGACAUGAGCAGUUGUGGUUGUUCCCCUGAUAUAGUUACAUUUAACACUCUUAUACAUGGUUUUUGUAGAAUUAAUGAGGUCAAUAGAGCAAAGAAUCUACUAGAACAAGUUUAUUCAAAAGGUCAGUUUGCCCCGGAUGUUGUUACUUACACGACACUAAUAUCUGGUUAUUGCAAGUUGACUAAGAUGGAAGAGGCCGCUAAUCUUUAUGAUGAAAUGAUUAGAUGUGGAGUUAAACCUAAUCAAAUCACCUUCAAUGCUCUUAUUGAUGGCUUUGGCAAGGCUGGUGACAUGACCUCUGCACUGGCCAUGCAUGAAAAGAUGCUCUUCCAUGGCUGUGUUCCUGAUGUUGUUACUUAUACUUCCCUAAUUGAUGGAUACUGUCGAAUUGGACAGGUGAAUCAUGGCUUAAACCUAUGGCAUGAAAUGAAUGCCAAAAAUAUCACCCCAAAUUUAUAUACAUUCUCUGUUCUUAUCAAUGCCUUGAGCAAGAGCAACAGAUUGCAAGAAGCUCGUGAAUUUUUAAGAUUAUUGAAGCUGAGAGACAUUGUUCCUAAACCAUUUAUGUACAAUCCAGUCAUUGAUGGAUAUUGCAAAUCUGGGAAUGUUGAUGAAGCUAACGUAAUUGUAGCAGAAAUGGAGCAGAAAAGGUGCAAACCUGAUAAGGUGACAUUUACAAUUCUCAUUAUCGGGCACUGUAUGAAAGGAAGAAUGCGUGAAGCAAUUGAUAUCUUUCAUAAGAUGUUGGCAGUUGGUUGUGCUCCUGAUGAUAUCACUGUAAAUUCUUUGAGAUCCUGUCUUUUGAAGGCUGGAAUGCCUGGGGAGGCUGCCCACAUUAAGCAAGCUCUUGUUGAGAAACAGACACCUAAAUCAUUAAAAAUGUCUUACCAUCCAGUGACGAAUACAGAUAUGCCAAUUGUAAGAGGAGAUCGUGGUUUUAAAGGCUAAUAUUAAAUGCUGGGUUUCAUUUCUUCCAAGUGAAGAAAAAGAAAGAGUUGGAUGAAAAGUAAUCCAAUCGACUAAUACACUUGGGCAUGUAACGACUCAUUUUUUCAAGGAACAAUGCUACCUCUACAUGAUAGUACCUCCGACUGCCAGUUGAUCGAGCAAAAUUUAAAGGAAACAGCAGAGCACAUAGCAAAUCCCACUGUGAGUUGUUGCCUCGGGUGUAAGAAGAAGCAUUCAAUUGAAGCAAAUCAAGAGGGAGAUAACGAUAAAUGAAUGAAAGAAACAGCACCAUAGAGAGAACAGGAGGCAUCACAAUAGCCUAUGAACACAAGGAACCUCUGUUAUUCUUCCACCGAGUAGAUCCAAGGCAUUGCAUAGGCGAUGUGUAAAAGCUUUGAGCUUCUGUUAUGGGACUGAAUUCCAUUGCAGCUCUGAACAAUCCCAAGUAGUAUUGGUGAUAAUUACCUCUCAUAUGAAGCCUAUCUCUUUGAUAGUCUUCCGCAAGUAGUUGGAGAGGUCUAUUAAAUAUUAAUGAAAAUAUCAAAGGAGGAUCUACAAUGUAGAAAUUCUAAUGCUGCUAUUUGGUUUUAGAUAAUGUUUAAAGGAUUGUUUUAUGGUAAUAUUUCCAAUCCAAGAUUUUUUGUAUUGACAAAAGUGAAUGUAUAUGAAACAUUCAGAAAUGGAUUAGGACAAAGAGAGAGAAGGAAUAAUGAAAUUGAUGUCAGUUUAAUUUGGUCCUUUAA